ACUGGUACAGUCCAGAUUGAGAAGGAGAUCCAGUCCUCUCCAAAGAAGUUCUUUCACCGUUUUAUGGACYUUCCAAGCCACUUUCACAAGGCCGUAGGUCAUGAUUCUCACCGAUCGACGUUACUCGAAGGAGAUGGAAAGAAUGUUGGCUCCCUCYUACACUUUAAUUAUGCUUUAGAUGGAACAACUGACGAAGAAAAAUAUUUUGUCAUAUUUGGAGGCCAUGAAGGAGACCUCUUGAAGCUUUACAAAGUCUUCAAAAUCAUCUAUCAGAUCAUCCCAAAGCAUCCCAAGAGCUCAGUGAUAUGCUCCAUAGAAUAUGAAAAAUUAAAUGAAAGUGUCCCAGAUCCAACUGAUUACGUUACCUAUGGAGGAAAGGUAAUUGAAGGACUUGACGGUAUUGUUCUCCAGGAUUAAUAGAAAUAAGUUAUAAAUGGGCUUGU